CUUCUGCUUAACAGCCCGAUUUCCUAACCGCUCAGCCAUCUGACCCCAUCCCACACAUAGCCUGCAGCCCAUGAGCAAGUUGCUGCAUGCAAGCCUACACACACAGUCACACACACAAUAUCUUUUUUUUUUCUUCUCUCUUCUUUUCUCUUCACUUCUUCACUUUUCCUCUUCUCGUCUCCUCUGUGUAUUUUAAAUUCCUCCAAGCUCCACUGUCAAGCUCAAUAGCUCCGUAGCUCCAUAGUCCUGAAUUACAUUUCAAUUAUUUGCACAUGCCAGCCCUAUAUUUAGCUCCUGUCAACUUGUCCCUGUCACAUUCAUUUGAGUGUCCUCUCGUUCACAGUUUUACUCUCCCACUUUAUAUCUUUCUUUCAUCCCGUCUCUCUCAGGAGUUCGCCUUCACUUAUCUGCCCCCACUGAGAGUGGUUUCGAGUCAGUCAUUUUAUUCUGACUGAGUGUGAACUUAAGUUACCAGACUAGAGUAGAAACCGACCAGAUAAUACGGUAAGGAGUAUUUACUGCUCUCAAGAAAAGAGACAUUCUGGUCGUUUAUAUUAGUCCGGUAACCAGACCUCCAAGAUCUAUCAUGCCAUCUCUCCUAUCUUACCCACCAGCUUUCAGUUUCAAUGCACUUUUUUGUGCAUUGGCCAGCUCUGAUAAACAUAAUUAACAGCUGACAGUGCUGAGUGAACCAGUACUCUGUGAUUUCAUUAGGCCUCAUACAGUUCUCUAGUGUCAUUUAGAACCCUCAGAACCCGGAGGCGACUCAGCUAGGAGGAACAAGGAGAGGACCGUUACAAUCCUGGAGCCAAUGGGGAGUGGUCAGAAGAGUCAUGAGUUGUAUUUAUUUAUUGUUGGACAGUAAUAAUAUAUCUAAUGACGAAUGCAAUCACUCACAUGCCAAGACGCAGAACUAGGGCCUGAAUUCUUUACUUUUAUGGUGAAUUAUAUGAGUGAGACUCAUAUAACAAACAAACCCGUGGAAAAGCCCCCUUCCUCUUCACACAGUACCUCCACCCUCUGCUCAUGCACAUAAUCACAAACACAUGCACUAACACAGUCAUAAUGAUUGUGAAAUAUUUAUUGUAAUGAACAGUAGUAAAACCUCUGUAGGGGUUGCAGUUACAUACAUAGGGACAGUUACAGUAUGGUGUGAUGUUACAGUAUGACGUGGUGUAACAGACAGGGACUGUUACAGUAUGAUGUGAUGUUACUCCUGGUUCACAUUUUGCAUAAUUUUAUGGACCUGUUUGCAGAAGGUGGGCGUGCUCCAAGCUUUUGUAAUCAAAUUGAUAGGCUACUGUGCAGGAGUUGUGAAACAUCUGUGUUCUGAUUGGUCGUCCGUACGGAAAGGUUACGCACAGUCCGUAAAAAAUACUUUGGGUUAUUAUAGUGUUACUCAUCACACAGGUCUGGAGACAGUAUUUAAUAAGAAACAGGAAGAGGGGGAGCUAAAGGAGGAGGGAAGAGGGAGAGAGGAUGCUGACUCAUGAAGUUUCACAUAACCCCAUGUCACAACAUCAGAACAGUUUCAACACUUCCUUUAGUCUCUCUUUCUCCUCCACCUCUCUCUCUCUCUCUCUCUCUCUCUCUCUCUCUCUCUCUCUCUCUCUGUGUGUCUCUCUGUGUCUCUCUCUCUCUUUCUCUCUAUGCCUUCACAUCAUUGAAUUUAUGUCCGUCUGUCUUCUCUCCGCCCUCCCGCUCUCCUUCCCUCUCUCUCUCUCCCCUUCCUGUCAUUGGGUCGCUCAUGAUGGUGUGUGAGUUCUCUCUGAUGAUUGGGAAUAUUGCUUCAUUGGUUGAUGGAGGGAUUGGUGAAAGCUAAGAAGAAGAAGAAGAAGGGACAAGGAGCUGAGGACUUAGGAGGGUGUUCAUUGAUCUGUGCUUGUCUCUGCCUGCUCGUGUCCAACGGCCCUGUCCCGACAGAGCGAGAGUCUCCGAUGGGUCGGAGCGACCAGUCUCCCAGUCGGGCCCAGCCAGGCAGGGCCAACCAGAGACCUAAUGCAUGCUGCUUCUGCUGGUGCUGCUGCUGUAGCUGCUCAUGUCUCACUGUUAGGAAUGAAGAGGAGAGGCGCAGGAGGAGGAAGUCUCAAGAGACCAGGAUGGAGACCAUACCAAACUGUGAACCUUGUCCCAAACCCACGAUGGAGGAGAUGCGCAUGUGGGCCCAGUCGUUUGACAAGCUGAUGAAGAACCCGGCAGGGAGGAACGUGUUCCGGGAGUUCCUGAGGACAGAGUACAGCGAGGAGAACAUGCUGUUCUGGCUGUCCUGUGAAGACCUCAAACAGGAGAUCAGCAAGAGCAGCAUCGAGGAGAAGGCUCGCAUCAUCUACGAGGACUACGUCUCCAUCCUGUCCCCUAAAGAGGUGAGUCUGGAUUCGCGGGUGAGGGAGGUGAUCAACAAGAAGAUGGCCGACCCCACGCCCCACACCUUUGAAGACGCACAGCUGCAGAUCUACACGCUGAUGCACAGAGACUCGUACCCCCGCUUCCUCAACUCCAACAUAUACAGAAAUCUGGUCCAGGGCAGCUCACGCACCUCCUCCGAGUCCUAGGCACGCUCACUUCCUCCUUCACUCCUCCUCGCUUUCAAUCACUCCUUCCUCACACAGCCCCCCUUUGUCAAUCAGUCCCUCGCUCCAUCACGUACUACCUCUUUCCUACCGACAAUCCUUCUCUCGUCUCUCCUCUCUCACCAAACUGUCUAUCCCCUCCUCAUACACAAGUCCAUCUCUCUCCUUCGCCCUCACUCUUCUUGCACACUGCUCUUCCCUUCUCGGUCUCCUCACACUCCCUCGCCUUCUCACUCCUCGCAUUCCCUCUCUCCUUCUCUCCUCACAUUC